CAAUAGAGCUAGGUUGGAGAUUUCAGUCUGUUCUUCACUUCCAUCUUUUCUUGUCCUUGUACGUACAAUGAAGAAAUCUCACUUCCACUCCUCACCCCUCCCUUCACUCCGUCGCUUCUACCUCUUAAACCCCAAGCCCCUCUCCUCACAACCACCACCACCGCCGCCGAACCCAAUUCCACAACCCUCCGAUUCAACCCAAACCCAACUCCUAAACACUCUUCUUUCCCACAAGACCGAUCCCAGUUCCGCUCUUGACCUCCUCAAACGCGCCGAAGCUCACCCAGGCUUUGUCAACGGCGUCGACACCGUCGCCGUCUUGCUUCACAUCUUAAUGGGCUUUCCAGAGACUCGCGGGCGCGCCAAGACAUUGCUUAACCGCUACGUUUCCGGCGACUCCGGCCCUCCUCCUCCUCCUCCGGCAGUCUUUCUCGAUCGUUUGCUGGACUGCGCAAAGAGGUUUGGUUUUGAUUUAGAUUCUUGGGUUUUCAGUUACUUGUUGAAUAGCUAUGUUAGAGCCAAUCGAAUAGGGGAUGCUGUUGAUUGCUUUAAUAGAAUGGUGGAGCUUGAGAUAUAUGCUGGUGGUGUUGAAUAUAUGAACAUUGUGUUGACGGCAUUGGUUCGGAGGAAUAUGUUUGAGGAAGCACGAGAGUUGUAUGGUAAAAUGGUUGACACAGGAGUUGGCGGUGAUUGCGCCACUCUACAUGUCAUGAUGCGUGCUUGUUUGAAGGAGGGGAAGCCGGAGGCGGCCCGGGAGUACUUUCGGAAGGCAAGGGGGAGAGGCAUAGCAGCUGAUGCCGCAUUGUAUGAUGUGGCAAUUGGGGCUGUUUGUAAGACUCCCGAAUCGCGUUUGGCUUUGGUGUUGUUGGGUGAAAUGAGAGAAAUGGGGUGGGUUCCUUCCGGGCGUACGUAUACUAGUGUGAUUGGGGCGUGUGUGAAGCAGGGGAAUAUGGUGGAGGCGCUAAGGCUCAAGGAUGAAAUGGUGAGUUGUGGGGAAUCGAUUGAUUUGGUUGUUGCUACAAGCUUGAUGAAGGGUUAUUGUGCGCAAGGGAAGUUGGAUGCUGCUUUGGAUUUGUUCAACAUGAUUAUGCAGGAUGGACUUAUUCCUAGCAGAAUCACUUAUGCAACUGUGAUAGGAUGCUGCUGUAAGAAUGGGAACAUGGAAAGGGCAUAUGAGCUUUACACCAAAAUGAAACAGAUGGGUAUUUUGCCUGAUGAGUUCAUUGUGAAUCAUUUGGUGCGUGGAUUUUUGAAAUGUCGGUUGCUUGAAGAUGCGUCUAAGUUGUUUGACGAGGCAGUUGACUACGGUAUUGCAAAUGUCUUCUUGUACAAUAAUUUCUUAGCAUGGCUUUGUAGGGAGGGUAAAGUAAGCGAAGCCCGUAGUUUAUGGGAUAAGAUGAUGCGUAAUGGUGUGAUACCUAAUGCAGUUUCCUACAACAACAUGAUACAUGGCUAUUGCAGAAUAGGGGAUAUGGAUGGUGCAAAUAAUGAAUUUUUGGAGAUGACACAAAGGGGUUUGGAACCUACUGUUUUUACUUACUCUAUUUUGAUGAAUGGGUAUUUCAGGAACGGUAAUGCCGAACGUGCUUUUAAUGUCUUUGAUGAUAUGGUGGAUGCAAAGAAAAUCCCCACAGGCUACACAAUUAACAUUGUCAUUGAUGGCCUGUGCAAAGUUGGCCAGACAUCUGUGGCAAGUGAUCUUUUGAAGAAAUUUCUUGAGAAGGGUUUUAUUCCUGGAUGUAUGACUUAUAAUAGUAUUAUACAUGGGUUUACCAGGGAGGGUGCCAUGAAUUCGGCACUGAAUGUUUAUAGAGAAAUGUGUGAAGGUGGAGUCACUCCAACUGUUAUCACUUACACCAGCCUUAUUAAUGGGUUAUGCAAAAGCAAUAAGAUAGAUCUUGCUUUAGAAAUGUGGCAUGAAAUGAAAAGUAAGGGCAUCAAAAUGGAUGUUACAGCAUACUCUGCUAUCAUUGAUGGGUUUUGCAAAAGGCGAGACAUGAAAAGUGCCCGCGAACUUUUCUCGGAACUUCUGGAAGUUGGUUUAUCUCCAAAUACAGGUGUUUAUACUAGCAUGAUUUGUGGCUUCCGGAAUGUAAAUGACAUGGAAGCAGCUAUUGAGUUACAUAAGAAAAUGAUAACUGAAGGCAUUCCAUGUGAUGUGAAAACGUACACUGCAUUAAUCAAUGGACUGCUAAGAAAGGGUGAUUUACAAUCUGCAUCAGAUCUUUACUCAAAGAUGCUUUCGAAGGGAAUUACACCUGAUAUCAACACAUAUACAGUUCUAAUAAAUGGCCUUUGUUGCAAACGACAAUUGGAGAAGGCACGCAAAACCUUGGAAUACAUGAAUAGAAGGAGAAUGACUGCUAGGGUUCAUAUUUAUACUGCUUUGAUUGUUGGGCACUUCAAGGAGGGGAAUUUGCAAGAAUCGUUUAGGUUGCACGAUGAAAUGCUAGACAAAGGCCUCGUACCUGAUGACAUUACUUGUGAUAUUCUUAUAAAUGGAAAGUUCAAAGGCAUAAGUGCUCUUCCGAGGACUUCAUGAGUCUAGGUACUGGUCGGUUAUUGUUUGAUCAUGCUUCCAACUUUUGUUUGCUCAUCGGGUGAGAAAUUACUAUGACCUGGAAUGUUCAUAGAGUCUCUUUCACAUCUCUUUGGGAAAUAUUAUUCCAGGCUUGACUUUUAUGGUUGUAACAUUACAAGUGGAAUCAGUCAUCUUCAUUAAUAGGAAUCUCAAAUAGAUUCUGAAAUCUGAACCUGCUACCAUCCUCUUCAUCUAUCGGACUGCUGCUGGAAAUUGGAUGGAGAUGCAGCUCAAAGGUACAAAUAGCUUGGAUUUUAUCCCUUCUGUCUUUUUAUUGUAGUUCAUCAUGUUAUGGUUGUCCUGUUGCACAGAUUAAGUUAGGUUAUUUAACACCCAUAAUGCUUUGUAUUUUGCAAUUGAGAUUUGUUGAAUUGUACCUAAUAUGUGAUACUUACAGUUUAAAUGUUGAGGUGUUUUUGACUAUAAACUGACCUUACAUCCAAGGGCGUAUCUAAGGGUGGUGAUCGAGGAGGGUCAAUUGACCCUUUGACAGUCUGAAUUUAGCUUUUAAAUAUCAAUUUUGUGUUUCUCUUUUAAAUAAUCACGGAACCACACAAGUCAAGAAACUUGGCAGCUUCACUCAAUCAUUGCAUGACAAAACACAAAAAAAAGAGAACCAAUUUAUUGGCAUGGAAAAGGCAAAUGGUGAGUUGGGUUGGGUUGGGUUGGUUUAGACCGUUUGGAACUUGCUCUCCGAAGAUUAGUAGGUUCCACUGUCCUCCACCCUCUUGGAUUCUCCUCUUGGUUUUCUGGUUUUUUCUUAUUUAAUCACUAAACAAAAACACACACACAAAUACACACACUUCUCCUAGUUAUAAUUUCAUUGUUUAAGUGUUUGCUGUCUGAGAAUUCUGAGUUUAACUGAGUUGAGUAAG